CUCUAAUAAAACCCGACCGACUCUCAUAUCUGAAUCAAAUACAAUACAUGGAUGUACAAUUGUACAAUUCUAUACAUACAAUCACGUAUGUAUAAUUCUAUACACACACUUCACACCUGCGUAGCUACUACUUACUAUCCAUCCAUGGCGAAGCUCGGGGUUUUGUGUAUAUAAUACAUGUCCCGACCCGGCCGAAAUGGACAGCCGAACCGCGUUCUGCGAUUCGAAUGACGUCAGCGGCGGGAGCAGCAGCACCUGCUGCGCGGCCACCGCCACGGAUUCAUCGCUGUCGCCGUCUCCGGUUCAGCUGCCGGCGGACGUGGCCGCAAUCAAACGCCUCUCCGACACCCUGGAGUCGGUCUUCCUGUCACCGUCCGACUCUGAUUUCUUCGCCGACGCACGGCUAGUUGCCGCCUCCGGUAAGGAGAUUCCAGUACACCGGUGUAUAUUAUCGGCGCGGACCCCUUUUUUUAAGAAUUUGUUUGCGAGUAGGGAGAGGAAUGCGAAAUUGAAGCUGAAGGAGUUGAUGAAGGAGUACGAUGUUGGCUACGACGCGCUGGUGACGGUGCUGGCGUAUCUUUAUAGUGGGAAAAUUAGGGCUUCGCCGAAGGAUGUCUGCGUGUGUGUGGACGAUGAGUGCUCGCAUUUGGCGUGCAGGCCGGCCGUAGCUUUCAUGGUGGAGGUUCUGUAUGCCUCCUUUAUCUUUCAGAUCAGUGAAUUGGUAGCCAGGUUUCAGAAUAGCCUGAUGGGCAUUCUUGACAAGACUACUACAGACGAUGUUUUGAUGGUUUUAUCUGUUGCAAACAUGUGUGGCACAGUAUGUGGGAGUUUGCUUGCUAGGGCCAUUGAGAUUGUUGUCAAGUCUGAUCUUGAUGUAAUAACUCUUGAGAAAUCAUUACCCCAGCACAUUAUAAAACAAAUAAACGAGUCAAGGAUAGCACUUGGCUUACUAUCACCUGAAAACAGUACUUGUCCAGAUAAACAUGUCAAGAGAAUACACCGAGCUUUGGAGUCCGACGAUGUUGAGUUAGUCAGGAUGCUACUCAAGGAAGAGCGUACAAAUCUCGAUGAUGCGUAUGCAUUACAUUAUGCUGUUGCGUACUGUGAUUCAAAGACCACAGCGGAACUACUUGACUUAGCAAUCGCCGACAUAAACCAGAGGAAUCCAAGGGGUUACACUGUGCUUCAUGUUGCUGCAAUGAGAAAAGACCCAAAAAUCAUAGUAUCUCUGUUGACCAAGGGAGCUAGGCCAUCAGAUCUCACUUCAGACGGCCGGAAGGCCCUUCAGAUAUCUAAGAGGCUUACAAGGGCUAUUGAUUAUUACGGAAGUACCGAAGAAGGGAAAUCCACCCCUAAGGAUCGGUUGUGCAUCGAGAUCUUGGAACAAGCCGAGAGACGAGAUCCAUUACCAGGAGAAGCUUCGAUGUCUCUUGCUCUGGCUGGCGAUGAUUUACGCACAAAGUUACUUUAUCUUGAAAACAGAGUUGCAUUGGCCAAACUUCUAUUCCCCAUGGAAGCUAAAGUUGCCAUGGAUAUUGCUCAAGUCGACGGAACUUCUGAGUUCCACUUAAGUGGAAUCCACAAGAAUCAGGCUGGUUCCCAGAGGACAGAGGUCGACUUGAACGAGGCACCUUUCAAGAUCAAAGAGGAACAUCUGAACAGGCUGAGAGCCCUCUCCAAAACUGUGGAACUCGGGAAACGAUUCUUCCCACGAUGCUCGGCUGUACUAAACAAAAUCAUGGACAGGGAUGAUUACCCUGAUAUAGCUCAGAUGGGGAAUGGUUCUCCUGAAGAAUGUCCUUUGAAGAGGCAAAGGCGCAUGGAAAUUGAAGAAGUUUUAAGCAAGGCAUUUACGGAAGAUAAAGAAGAAAUCGACCGUACGAUCAACCUAUCAACGUCUUCUUCAUCCUCAUCCGUCGGAAUCAUGAGACCAAAUGGUAUGCUCCCUUUCAAGAACUAAGUUCUAGGAAUAACGUUUAUAAAUUUAUUUAUUUUGCUCCAUAAUGAGCCAAUAAAAGUGGUAGUUUUGCAAUCCUUGUCUAAUUACUAAUUAGCCCUCCAAAAUUUACUCAUUGUGAAUUUUCUCCAAAAUUAACUCAAUCAUUGAACUUUUUGAGUACACGUGGCUCUUAAUCUGUGGGUGUGAAUCAUAUCAUAUUAUUUGUUUGAAGUUUCUAGGAGAUGUAAUGUUAAUUAAUUGUAAUCACUUGUUUUGGGUUAGAAAGGGACGGACAUACUUAGGAUC